AUGAAUUUUGACAAUGAUGAUAUUAAAGUCAUGAAUGAGUUUGAGGAGUUUUGCCUACAAGCAUAUGAAAGUUUAGCCUUGUACAAGGAGAAAAUGAAGAAGUACCAUGAUCAGAAGAUUGAUAAGCAACAAUUUGUUGCCGGUGAUUUGGUGCUCUUAUUUAACUCAAGGUUGCGCUUAUUUCCCGGCAAGCUCAAGUCCAAGUGGACCAUGCCAUUCAAAGUAACUCAAGUAUUUCCACAUGGAGCAGUUGAGCUCGAAAACAAGGAAGGAACAAGGUUCAAGGUGAAUGGUCAGAGGAUAAAAAUCUACUUGGGGAAAUCUGAGUCUAUCAAUGAAGUAAUAGAGGCUUAUUAUCUUGAUGAAGUUUGA